AUGGUGAGGAGGGUGCCCGUUGUCGUCUUUAGCAAGACGACCUGCCCGUACUCGAAGCGGGCCAAGGCGCGCCUCGAGAGCCUCGGUCUGCGUCCCGCCAUGCACGUCGUCGAGGUGGACCAGCGCCCCGACAUGCCGCAGCUCCAUGGCCUCCUCCGCCGCCGGACCAACCACGCGACGUGGCCCAACAUCAUCGUCGGGUCGCGGUCGAUCGGCGGGGCCGACGACCUCGAACGCCUGCUCGCAAACGGCGAGCUCGGCGACAUGCUCGACGAGGUGGGCGUCAGGUGGAAGAGCUCGUAG